AUGGAUUGCUCAAUGCUGCGGUCUACAGAUAUUUCUCAGCAUCCAAACAAGACUGAUGAUGAGAUGUCUCGAGUUCCAACAGCUAAUCUGAUUUGCAAGAGAUACAUUCUGAGCGAAAAACAAUUGUCCGAAGCAUUUGAUAUGUUGGAUAUCGACAAGAAUGGCUAUCUGUCUCGUAAUGAAUUGGCAGUUCUUCUACGAACUAUGAAAGCUGAGCCGACACGAGAUGAAGUAGAUUUCAUUUUUAACGAACUUGAUGUUGACAAAGCUGGAAGUAUUAAAAAAGAAACAUUCAUCAAAUAUAUGAUAAGUCCCGUCAUUCAAACCAUGCCCUUAUGUGAAUUGGAGAGUCUGUUUGUCAAGUUUGAUAGUGAUGGUGAUGGAGCGAUUACAGAAGAUGAAAUGAUUGAAUUGCUUCGUAAAGUGAACGAUUGUCGUGACACUAAGCCGCCACAUGAGCUGUUCUUGGAGCAUGAUGGAAGAAUUACAUUUAUGGAAUUCAUCAAGUUCAUUCAAGGAUAA